UUCUCUCCUGCCACCGGCUGGGGCCUGCCUUUUAUAGGCGCCGCAGCCAAUGAACGCGCUUCUUUCCUUCUGCCCGCCCGCCUGGCCAAUCGCCGCGCCCCUUGUGUAAUCUCCGGCUAGUCGGCUGCUUUCGGCUAUUUUCGCUGUUGCUGGCUUUUUCAGGAGCUGCUCGCUCGCAGCCAGAGACGCUGCUUUUUUUUUCCGGGUUCGGAGCCGUUCCGGAUGCUUUAGGCUGCCGGAUGUCUGAUCUCCGGAUAACUGAGGCGUUUCUGUACAUGGAUUAUCUGUGUUUUAGAGCACUUUGCUGCAAGGGACCACCACCUGCACGACCAGAAUAUGACCUGGUUUGCAUAGGCCUCACAGGCUCUGGCAAAACCAGUCUGUUGUCCAAACUCUGCAGUGAAAGCCCCGAUAACGUCGUGUCGACCACAGGUUUUAGUAUUAAAGCAGUGCCAUUCCAGAAUGCCAUCUUGAAUGUAAAAGAACUUGGAGGGGCUGAUAACAUCCGGAAAUACUGGAGCCGCUACUACCAAGGAUCUCAAGGGGUAAUAUUUGUAUUAGACAGUGCCUCUUCAGAGGAUGAUUUAGAAGCUGCUAGAAAUGAGCUGCACUCAGCUCUUCAACAUCCACAGUUAUGCACUUUACCCUUUUUAAUAUUGGCCAAUCAUCAAGACAAGCCAGCAGCUCGCUCAGUACAAGAGAUCAAAAAAUAUUUUGAACUUGAACCACUUGCACGUGGAAAACGCUGGAUUCUACAGCCCUGCUCACUGGAUGACAUGGAUGCACUGAAAGACAGCUUCUCUCAGCUGAUUAAUUUGUUAGAAGAAAAAGACCAUGAAGCUAUAAGAAUGUGAAAUCUGGCAAAGAAGGCUCCCAAAAGGCCUUGAACCUAUCAUGUUAGUUUCUCAUUUUAAUUUUAUUUUGGUAUCAAGACUAUAUUGGCUUCAGUAUCUAUUUUUCUCUGGUCAUUUCAGACUCUCAUCUCUCUAUUAAAGUGAAUAUUCUGUAGAUCAGAUGAAUUAUCAUCGGCAUUAACGUCAAGUACACACUACUGAGAGAGAAUUUAUUCUCUGUUUACCACUAAUUAUCUUCACCGCAUGUCUCUCCCUUCUGUUGUUCUAAGCAUCUCUUCUAUACUCUGUGCUGAAACGGAUGGAAUUCAUGGCUUAUGGAAAUCAAAUCCCUUUUGAAGGACUCAGAAAGACUCACAAGACCUUGAUCAUUUUCUCUGGGUUUGGGAGUGGAGUAUUAUGUGACUGGGACUCCACAAAAUAUUUAUAUUAUUUUCAAGACCUAUUGGGGGUUUUGUUUUAUUUUAUCUAAUUUUUUUUUUUUUUUUUUUUGGUAUACUGAGCUUAUAGACUAUGAGAGAAAAGUGAGCACCAAAAACUUCAUUAAUCACCUUAUCAGGAAGGAAUAUCCUGCCAUAGUAAAAUUGGCUCUGAAGAGCUUAGAGACAAGUUACACAAUGUUUUCUUGAUUACAUCUGAAGUCUCUUCUCUUUUAAGAGCAAAGACAUUGUUUCAGUUUCUGAGAGCGGUUAGAGGAAAUUUAGGUACAAUGCAUGCAUCACAGACUGUAUUUGAUUGAUUCGAGUCUUCAAAUAUUGUUUAAUGGAAUGAUGAGCCUGCAUAAAGUGAAGCUGCAAUGUAACAUAGGUAUCUUUUUCUAAAAACUUCAAGUGUUUGAUUAAAAUAGAGAAAAUAAUUUUUAAAAUAAUAGAUAAAAAUUUUUAAAACAGCCAGAAAAAGUAUAAUUUAUACUGGUUAGGGUUUAAGAUGGCAUGGAUUUGACAAAGAUAACAAAGACAGAAUCAUCUAUAUAUUCAUUCACUACGUGCUACUAUAGUUUAUUGGAGUCUGUUAAUGCCUUCCUCUAGUAGUUAAAGGUUUAUCAGUAUUUCUUUUAUAAACCUCUAUUUUCAGGGGUUUCAAUGUGCCCUUAAAAUUGUGCUGGGGCUGCAGCAAAUAAAUAAUAUUAGGACUCAGAUUCAGUCUUUGGAACUAGUUUUUUUCCAUUUAAUUUAAAUGACAAAAUUGCGGAAGGAUAAGUGUACAGUUUUACUAAGGUUUAGCACCUUUGAUCUUUUCUAAAUCAGGAAAAAAAUCUAUGCAUAUUGAGGUUCAUAGAUGAAAUAUUCUUUGGCAUACUUUGUAGACUUUGACCACUUAAAAUACUAAGUGGCCAAAUGAUAAAAAAAACUGCUCCCUGCACAUGAGUGUAAAAACAUGUUUGUAAUUUUAAGUAAAAUGGACUGAUACCCAAAUACCACAGACUCACACUGUAUUACAGAAUGAUGUAAUACCUGGUAAUUCUCCAGAAGAUAGACUUCAGACCCUUAAUGCCAUUUAAAUAUAGUUUUUGUGGUUUAAUCUUGUGAGUAGAUUGUAAUGAAAUCAUUACCUUUGAAACAUCAAACACUUCUUUAAGCUUUUUUUUUUUUAAUGUCAUGAAUCAGGAAGGAUACAUAGUGAUUCGUAUACAAUUUUGUCUGCAGCAUUCUUGAAUAUUUUUAACACUAUGUAAUCCGUGAGCAGCACAAAACUUUUAUUCCGAUGACCAGUUACACAAUUCCUGUUUUUAUUUUGUCCUGUUGUGCUCAUCUUCUAUGAAAAAAUAAAUGAUUAUUAGGCCUUGCUUUCCCUGCAAGUUCAUUAAAUGUAGAAUGUUGUCUUUUUAAGACACCGUGGCUGAGUGCUCCUAAGCCAUCUGUUAAAUGACUUCCCGUGGUCUGUGUGUGUGUGUGUUCAUGUGUGCGCCAGUGAUGGGCCUCUCCUCAAACCCACGACUGUCUGCAGCGUCUCAGCCGUCAGAAUGAAAACAUUAUCAAUCAGUACCCAACAACAGCUGUUUUUGACAAGUUUCUGUCUGACGCCUAAUGCUUUACAACUGUCAAUAAGGCUCCCUCUUUGUCUAGCAGGUCGGAGCUCGCUGUCUUGCUGCUUCCGCGCGGCAUCCUGUCCUUGUAACCCUAGAAUUUGCCAUGUUUUGGAAAUCCACGUGGGGGCGGGGUGGGGCCUGAACGGGUGGGGAUGGGUGGGUGGGUGGUGGGGUGGGUGGGAUGGCUGGGGGUGGGAGUGUAAGUCCCUUUCCUACUUUCAUGUCAAGUGCCACAGGUGUCUUGGUUUGCAUAUUCAAAUAUUAUACAGGAAAAACAGUCUGUUAUGUAUUUCUUCACCUAGCUUCUUGUAAUAUUUAUGGACGUUUCCAGUUUUUGUACCUUCUUAGCUAAAGCAGUUGCCUUUUUGUAAUGGCAAUUAAUUUAUAUGAUAAAACUUUGUAUCCACUGUAGUUGACAGUAUUGGUUGCUAAUUAACUGCCAUAUUGCCCUGUCUUUCUAUUAAAAAAAUACUGUACCUGUACUUAGAGGCUAACAGAUUCAUGUGGACAUUUGCCAGGCAAGACCAACUUGUAUUGUCCAUGAUUUCUACGAUUUCCACUAUCUUCAGAUGAAAAAUAAACGCUGAGUAGAACUGA